ACAAACACAUUCCGUCGUCGCUGUUUUUGGUCGUAUUUCGGCUAGUUUACUGAAAGUACCGCCCCAAGCAUCGAUUUUCCACGCUGCCAACUAUCAACGUACCUGCUGGUGUCUGUAUCUGGUGAAGCAGCUCAUCUGCAGGCCACAAAAACACACGAUGAGUUUCUCUAGCGAUGAGGUGAACUUCCUCGUUUAUCGCUACUUGCAGGAAUCGGGCUUCUCGCACUCGGCCUACACGUUCGGCAUUGAGUCACACAUUUCGCAAAGCAACAUCAAUGGGGCGCUUGUACCGCCUGCCGCCCUCCUGAGCAUUCUCCAGAAGGGGCUCCAGUACACCGAGGCGGAAAUCAGUAUCGGUGAAGAUGGCACCGAACAGCGGCUGGUGGAGAGUCUGAGUCUGAUCGACGCCGUGAUGCCGGAGGUGGUCGCCAUCCGGCAGAACAUGCAAAACCAGCAGAAGCAAACGACGAAAACGGAACCACCGGAAACGAACGGCGCGAAGGACGAACCGGCCGAACCGGCUCCAAUCACGACGACCACGCCCAGUGUUGUACUGCCGCCGGUGGAAACGAUGGAGGUGGACCAGAGCAUCGAAAUUCCCGCCUCGAAAGCGACGGUACUGCGGGGGCACGAGAGUGAAGUGUUCAUUUGCGCGUGGAACCCCAGCACGGACCUGCUGGCCAGUGGGUCGGGCGAUAGUACCGCCCGCAUCUGGGACAUGUCGGACAAUCCGUCUAACCCGAACCAGCUCGUACUGCGCCACUGCAUCCAGAAGGGUGGGACGGAGGUACCGAGCAACAAGGAUGUGACUUCGUUGGAUUGGAAUUGCGAUGGAACGUUGCUUGCGACCGGGUCGUACGAUGGGUACGCCCGUAUCUGGCGCACGGAUGGUUUGUUGGCGAGUACCCUCGGCCAGCACAAGGGGCCAAUCUUUGCACUCAAGUGGAACAAACGGGGCAACUACAUUCUCUCGGCCGGUGUGGACAAAACGACUAUCAUCUGGGACGCUGCAACGGGACAGUGCACGCAGCAGUUUAGCUUCCACUCGGCACCGGCGCUGGAUGUGGACUGGCAGUCGAAUCAGUCGUUUGCCAGCUGCAGUACGGAUCAGUGCAUUCAUGUGUGCAAGCUUGGCAUAGACAAACCGAUCAAAUCGUUCCAGGGGCAUACGAACGAAGUAAACGCCAUCAAAUGGGACCCUCAGGGACAACUGUUGGCUUCAUGUUCCGACGACAUGACGUUAAAGAUUUGGUCCAUGAAGCAAGACACAUGUGUCCACGAUUUGCAGGCACAUUCGAAGGAAAUCUACACCAUCAAAUGGUCCCCGACCGGUACGGGUACGCUAAAUCCCAACAUGAACCUGAUCCUAGCCAGCGCCUCGUUCGACUCAACCGUACGCCUCUGGGACGUGGAGCGUGGCGUCUGCAUUCACACACUCACGAAGCACACCGAACCGGUCUACUCGGUGGCGUUUAGUCCGGAUGGUAAAUUCCUCGCGUCCGGCAGCUUCGACAAGUGCGUUCACAUCUGGAGCACCCAAAGCGGACAGCUGGUGCACAGCUACAAGGGUACGGGCGGCAUCUUCGAAGUUUGCUGGAACUCGCGGGGCAGCAAGGUCGGCGCUAGUGCCAGCGACGGCAGUGUGUUCGUCCUCGAUCUGCGGAAAUUAUGAGCAACGUUCUCGGGAGCAAUGUCCUCAUCGGCAAUGAUCGGCAUUGGGCUACCUCCACCGCUGCUAACGGCGGCCGAGAAGAAAUCUUAACAAUCAUUGAACUGCCUCAGGCGAACGAAUCCGAAGUGAAAUUCGCUAUCGAGAAUCGUUCGCAGGACGGCACCCCAUGAAUGCCCCCCUCCCCCAUCUUUUACCAACUCUUCCUUUCGUGCGCAUUCGCAUUGACAUUUGAAUCAACCUUAGAUAGUAGGUGUAGACGAUAUCGCAUUAGCGAUAAGAUUUUUUUUAUUUACUUACAAUGUGUAAAUGAAACACUCCUGCUCCAUCCCGCGGGAGAAUAUCUCCGGCAGGCGUGUGUCCAUUACUUUUCCCGUGUUUGCAGCGAGAUGAGACUAUAUUGUAAGUGGAAAGCGUAGCCAGGCGUUUCCGAUUAUCACAAGUAAGGUUUAAAGUGUAUCGAAGCUAGAAAUAGAGUAUUAGCAUAUUGCGGCUGAACAAUAGUAUGGCAAUUAAAAUAAACAUUCAAUGCUGU